UCAUUGAUUCCCAACACCGCUUUCUGUCUCAUCCUAUUUUGAGCCAGUCUCGCUGUUGUUUUUACAUGUAUUUUUGGUGCCUAUGAUCCCUCCACCGCAACCGCUGGUGCCGUAUUAUUAGACUCCACCUCUUUCCCAAAUUCCAAAUACUCAAAUGUAUUACCAAGCCCGCUCCCUCGCUCUCCAGACUCGACUGUUUAGGCUCCUCACUUCUCAUGCAAUGGCUAUUGAUUGUAUGAUCACAACCAAAGCAUCCGCGUCCGAAAUCAUGUCAUCGUCCAAUCCCGAGCGCCUGGACCAGCAGCAGAACCCGCUGGUAUUCGACGCUUCCGUCCUGCAGCACCAGACUAGCAUUCCCACUCAAUUUAUAUGGCCUGACCACGAGAAGCCAAGUCCCAAUUCCCGGGAACUUGCCGUCCCGCUCGUUGACUUGGGCGGCUUUCUCUCGGGAAGCCCCUCUGCCGCCAAGGAAGCCUCAAGGAUCGUCGGCGAAGCGUGCCGGAAGCACGGUUUCUUUCUGGUAGUGAAUCACGGGGUGGAUGCUAGUCUAAUAUCGGAUGCCCAUCGAUGCAUGGACUCCUUCUUUGAACAGCCACUUUGCGAGAAGCAAAAGGCUCAGAGGAAGGUGGGCGAGCAUUGUGGCUAUGCUAGUAGUUUCACUGGCCGCUUCUCCUCCAAGCUUCCCUGGAAGGAGACCCUUUCUUUUCAAUUCUCUGCGGCGAAAGAAUCAUCCCACAUCGUGGAAGAGUAUUUUGAGAAGACAUUGGGCCAUCAAUUCUUGCACCUUGGGGGGGUUUACCAAGAAUAUUGCAAUGCGAUGAGCACCCUUUCGCUGGGGAUCAUGGAACUACUGGGGAUGAGCCUGGGAGUAAGCAGAGAGAGUUUUAAAGAAUUCUUCGAAGAAAAUGAGUCAAUAAUGAGAUUGAAUUACUACCCGCCGUGCCAGAAACCAGAGCUCACACUAGGAACCGGACCUCACUGCGAUCCGACAUCCCUAACAAUCCUCCACCAAGACACUGUGGGCGGGCUUCAAGUAUUUGUAGAUGGGGAAUGGCGCUCCAUUGGUCCCGACAUGAACGCUUUUGUUGUCAACAUAGGCGACACUUUCAUGGCACUCUCGAAUGGAAGAUACAAAAGUUGCUUACACCGGGCAGUGGUAAACAACAAAACUCCUAGGAAGUCACUAGCCUUCUUUCUGUGUCCAAAGGAGGAUAAGGUGGUGAGCCCACCAACCGAAUUGGUGGAUUCCAACAACCCUCGGAUAUAUCCCGACUUCACAUGGCCGAAGCUCCUCGAGUUUACGCAGAAGCACUACAGAGCUGACAUGCACACCCUGCAGAUGUUCUCAAAUUGGCUUCAACAGAAAAACAUCUGAACAAAAAGGGGGAAAAAAGAACCCAACAAAAAAAAAUUUGGAGUUUCAGUUUGUAAGAGAACGGCUUGUAGACUUGUAGUGCGAACGUGCGUCGUCCCACGUAGUAGUUCUUUUCCUGUGAGCUUAAUCAUUGUCCCAUACGUGGGCCGGAUGAGGGUGAUGUUGAAAGGAUAGAGAAACAACUGAUCAGGAGGUAAAAGAACCAAAAAAAAAAAAA